ACAUCAGGUCUUCAUUUAAAGCUUUAUCAUCCGCUGCGGCUGCUCAUCUCUUUUGAAAGCUUCACGACUCUGCCAGACAAAAGCAGAAAUCGACCUUUUUCUAAACGCAUACUGGCUCUGUAUUCCAGAUAUCUACUGUAUCCUAUUAUCUUUUUGCUUAUGGCUUCUAUUUUUCAGAACAUUCUCCGCGCCGUCAGAGGUCCGUCGAUCGUUGCUAACGGGACCGCUGGUUUGGCGUCCACUGCAGGUGCUGUGUCUCCGACCAUGACUGUGCCUGAAGGUGCUGAGAUUGCGACUAUUGCUGCUGGGUGCUUUUGGGGAGUCGAGCACAUAUACCGAAAGUACUUUGGUAACGGAAAGGGAUUACUUGAUUGCCGCGUAGGCUACAGCGGUGGCUCGGUCAAGAACCCGACUUACAGAGAAGUCUGUGGCGCCAACACCGGCCAUGCCGAAGCGCUGCAGAUUGUGUUUGACCCCAAACUAGUCUCCUACGACACUCUGCUUGACUUCUUCUUCCGCAUGCACGACCCCACGCAGUACAACCAACAAGGCCCCGACCGGGGUCCGCAGUACAGAUCGGUGAUUUUCUACCACUCGGACGAGCAGAAGCAGACUGCAGAGGAGGUCAAGGAGCGGCUGCAGAAGACGUUUUAUCCGGAUACUCCGAUCGCGACGCAGAUUGUUCCGAUCCAGACGUUUUGGGACGCUGAGACGUAUCAUCAGCUGUAUUUGGAUAAGAAUCCUUACGGAUAUGAAUGCCCUACUCAUUUCCUUCGGACGACUCCUAUGAACCGCUAAGCGUUGGAUGGGCUAAGUAUUGGAUGGGCUAAGUAUCAGAUGGGAUGUGGUAUGAAUACUAGUUUCGUUAAUGAAGUUAUGCACCUUUGAGGAUUCAGUUUGAACACUCGCUGCUCUAUCAUCUUACUCUGAAUUUCCGUAUAUGAUAUAUGUAAUGCCUUUAGAAGUGCUUGAGACUGCUUUCCUUCCUCCAGCAGACCGAGUUGAUACCAGCCGGCGAGUGCUCUGAGAGGACGCAGCUGACCAGACGCACAAACCUCAGCUGGAUAUCACAUCGUCUAUAAACACCAUAUCAUAAACAAUCCCUUCUAUAACUCCAUCAAGCAUCAAAUGAAUAAUCA